AUGAAGCAUCUUCUCUCCCAGCGCGGAUAUCUCACUUACAGACGAAAAAGAUCGAUUCAACAAAACCUCCUCAGAUUGAUUCAGGUGAACCCCUAUCAACAGAUCUACAUUGGAUUCAUUGAGGGUGUUGUGGAGGUGUCGGAACUCUUAGCAGGCAAAGCGUCUGCCUCCCUGAGUCAGACCUCACACCAAAAACCUAAAAUACGGAUCGCGGAUGCCUCGGUCACUGUCGAGACUUUCGUCUCGGAUCCCCCGACUUCGGGUCAGAUGGACGACAAUGAGAAAGAAAAAGUUUUCAAUAAGGUCAAGACAUUAUAUGACGCAACGAUCAAAGCGGCGGCUGCGGGGAUUCAAGCUUUCCUGAAACAAGAAUUUCAGCCCGGCACCGCUAUGUCACCACCAGAGCACUUUGUCAUGAGGCAGACGUGUUUGGGAUGUGUGAAGAUCCUCAUCAGACUUGAAAAAGAGAAACUGGCUUACGAUGACAUCAGGGAGCACUUCGAGAAUCUCGCGUCCCUGCUGGACGUCUUGACUUCGCGGUCUCAGAUCGCCUGUGUGUACCUCUGCAAGUUGAUGGUGAUGAGCAUGCGAGUUAUCAAAGAUAUCUGCGGUCAUCUCGAAGAUCUCGCCGGUCGACAAGUUACCGAUUGGGUGAAGUUGUCCGCCCAUUACGAGGAAUACUACCGGACCAACUACAUUGAGCGACCCAUCCCGAAAGUACCGCCCUUGAAAAGCUUCUCAAAAUGUCAAUGCAUAGCGAACGGAUCUCAAGGCACCGUGCACUGCGCACAGUUCGGGCGAGGCUUGGACAUCAUGUUGAAAGUAGUGAACAGAAAGAAGAAUAAAGCAACCAACAGCCCUUUCAACACCGCCCUCGUCGCCAGCAUGAACCGGCAUCCUCUGCUCGUGGGGAUUUACUGCACAUUCGUGACCAAAGAAGCGUAUAUCGCGGUCAUGGAAUAUUUCAGCGGUGUAGACUGUCAAAGGAUAGUCAAUAUGAACGGGUGGCUACCAACAGAUAUAACCAUAGCUAUCACCGCCCAAGUCUGUCUGGCUCUCGAGUAUAUGCACUACAUCGGCUUCAUCCAUCGUGACUUGAAGCCCUCCAACAUUCUAAUGAACCCGGAGUGCCGAGUGAAGCUGUGUGAUUUCGACACAGCCAAAGUUUGUAUAGGUCUCUUUGGAAAUCGAUUUCACGGCGGAUUUUGUCGGAGGACCGCGAGAGAAUUCAAAGAUGGUGAAGUGGAGGGGACGUUGGCCUUCAUCGCCCCAGAAGUCCUGCGGAAAGAUUUCUAUGGACGAGCGGCCGACUGGUGGUCGAUGGGUGUCACGGUUUUCACCCUUCGCUGUGGGAGGGUUCCGUUCGUCGCGAGGAAAGAAGCGGAGCUGAAGAAGCUCUUGAAGAAACCUCAUAUUGAAUGGAAUGACGAUGAGCACUCGCAGGAAUAUCAGAUGCUCCAGGAUUUCGCGGAGAAAGCUCUCAAGACAUCCUUGAGGGAUCGCUUGAAUAACCACACCUACGGAGAGUAUCGUCAGCAUCCAGUUUUCGCUGAUGCCGACUGGGCGACCCUGGAGAAAGCCGAUUCGAUUGUCCCGUUCGAGCCUGCAUGGGAGAUGCUCCUCGACGUCGCAGGGAAGUACCAACCCAAGCCCGAUCUACCGAAGAAGGAGAAAAGGGACAAAACUUACCUGUGGAAGCUCGAUUCUCUUCAGGAGCAACUCGAUCCAGUGUUGCUGUGCACCUAUGUAUCUGAGGGUUUCAAGCGAGCGAUGGAGUUGGCUAUCCUCGAACGCAACAUCCACGUGGAAACUGUUGUUGAACCGCCGGAAUUCAUCCCGACAUUCACCGAGAAAACUUAUAAAUUCGCGAAAUACUUCAAGAACGUUCGAAUUUGA